AUGAGAGAGGACACCUCAGAGGUGGUCUGGGAUCUGUGGGAGGUGACGGACAGAGAAGGUGCUGAUCAGUUCAGGCUGCGUCUGUAUGGAGAGAGCUAUGCAGUUGACAUAUAUAAUGCAGCAGGAGCAGCAACAGGUAGUGAGGUCACCACCUUUGAGAACCUGGAGAAGCUUUUUGAUGGGGCAUGGCACAAGCUUGCUCUGCGUGCCAGGAGACACCGUAUUACUUUGUAUGUUGAUUGCCAGCAAGUGGGCACAGCCCCUGUCACUCAUGAUGGAGCAAUCAGAACAGAUGGAGAUAGUGUUUUGGCCAGGAGAAUAAAGGAUGAUGUUACUCCGCUGGUUGAUGUGCAGCAACUUCAGCUUUACACAGACCAUAACCAGGCAGUGGAUGAAACUUGUUGUGAAGUACCUGGAGUGGAAGAUGACCGGUGUUCUAGUUCAGGACUUAUGGAAACUAGAAAGGAUUGCAACGGCCAGCCUGGAGAACUGGGUUAUGCUGGCCUUCCUGGUCCAAAGGGUGAAAGAGGUGAUCAGGGCUUCCCAGGAUUUCAAGGAAGUCAGGGUGAUCCAGGACCACCAGUUUCCGAAGGAUCCUCUGGAUAUUCAGGAGCUAUGGGUUCCCUUGGUGAAACAGGUGAACUUAGCCCCCCGGGGAGAAAGGGUGAACCUGGUUUGCCUGGACCUCAGGGUGAAUCUGGAAUAGAAGGAGAAAUUGGGGAUGCUGGUGGGAGUGGUGAGGAUGGUGGCUCUGGUGAUCCAGGAGAGACGGGUUCCCAAGGAAGACCAGGAAAACAAGGACCUCAGGGGCCUGUGGGACACAAGGGCUUUGCUGGUGCCAAAGGAAACAAAGGAGAUAUCGGAGAACAAGGAUAUAGGGGUUAUCCAGGAGCCCCAGGAGAGACUGGAGAAGAUGGGCCAAAGGGCAAUGAAGGAUCUCCAGGAAUACCAGGCAGUGAUGGCAUUCCAGGAAUGGAUGGUCCUCUAGGAAUACCAGGAUUAGAAGGCAAGCCUGGACUCAUGGGACCAAAGGGAGAUAAAGGCAAGCGAGGUCCAAGAGGCCCACCUGGAAGGCCAGGUUCCAUGGGCACCAAAGGUGAAAUGGGGGAUCCUGGCCUACCAGGUAACCCUGGCCCUACGGGAAUAAAAGGCCACAAGGGGGCUCAAGGUGAGACUGGAGGUGACGGCCCAAAGGGUGAUGUGGGAAGAAAAGGAAGCCGUGGGGAUGCUGGACCCCAGGGGGAUGAUGGAGACCGAGGAGACAAAGGACAACAAGGAGAACGUGGCUUUCCUGGCCCUGCUGGUCCAAAGGGACAAAGAGGUGUCCCUGGAUUACCUGGUCCAAGAGGCUUCACUGGCCCCACUGGAGAGGAUGGAGCAACUGGGCCCCCUGGAUCUCCAGGGUCUUGGGGACCUGAAGGUCCAGGGCUGCCUGAGGAGCAGGUAUAUGAACUGUGUCGUAAUGUGGUCAUAGCUCAGAUAGCCCAAUAUGCAUCUGCGAUCAGAUACAAAUGUGCCAGCGCCUGUCCUACUGCUAACAUGACACUAAUUGGCCCCCCAGGGCCUCGUGGAAUGGCAGGACCACCAGGGAAAAAGGGAAAAACAGGUCUUGAUGGAUUUAAAGGUGAGCCUGGUCCAAGAGGACCUAUUGGAUUUCCUGGAGCUAAUGGAGCAGCUGGGGAACCAGGAGACAGAGGCCAAAAAGGUGAGAGAGGAGAUUCAGGCAUGGGACUCCCUGGCCCAGAUGGACCUCAAGGCUUUAGAGGAUUCCCUGGACAUCCUGCUGUUGCCAAAGAUGGCCAGCCAGGCACAGCAGGUCCCCCUGGAUACAGUGGUCCUCCAGGUCAGCCAGGAUUUCCUGGCCCUUCGGGUGUCCCUGGACUAUGUGAAGCAACAGACUGCAGGAUCUAUGCUACUAACCUACUGUCAGAACAGGGAUUAGUAAAGGGGCCAUCUGUUUAAUUAUAAAAUAAUAACGAUGCCAGCAUAGAUGUGGAAAAAUAUCUUGAUGGCAUGCACUUCCUGUUGGAAUAACGCCAUCACCUGAUUCUUCAUUGGUGACCUAGUAAUGUUAUACUUGGCUAAUGGGACACUGAUAGGCAUUAGACUGUAGCGAUAUUUUAAAAAGGCUUAUAUUAGAAAUGAAAGUGAUUCCCCAUAAUUGCUCCCCCACAAUUUAAAUCCAUAAUUUAAAUCUCAUAGCAUUACCAAGUAAAAGAUCUCUUGGAUUUAUUGUUAAUUUGUAAGCUACUGUCUGUGUCUGUGUAAAAGGUUACAGGCUAAACUCCAACUGGAGCCAAAGAUGUGAAAGUCCAUUUGUGAUGCAUGGCUAGAAAGGGUUAAACACCUUGCAAAAUAAACCCUCAAAAGACAUGGGGGGGGGAAUGUUUGUAUUUUUGUGUAUUUACAUAUGUAUGAGUAGGGUCGACAAUGUAAUCAACAGUCCCUGUCUAUGCUGUAUUCUGAUAAUUCAGAGGUAAAAAAAAAAUCCCAUCCUUUAAAUGAAUUGUACACACGGAAUAUCUCGGUAUUCAUGUCUCUUUGAAAUUUACGGUGAAUGGUGGAGGAAAAAGCAAAUAGCUUUAUGUUAAUUCCAUAGCUAAGUACCGGUGAUGGACCUCCUUCAAAGUCUUCCUAAUUACUUUUUGUUCCCUGAAGGAAUCCCAACUUGUCAAAAAGGAUAUGAGAGUCUAUAAAAGAUCCUUGGGUUCUGAUUUCGUCAUCUCAGAUUUGCUUAAGCUUUAUCAGGGGAAGUUUAAGUCGCAAGAUUGAGGUGCCAGUUAUGCUGGCAUGCCCUGAAUGUGAUAUUUGGACAUUGGACUAUAAACUAUGAACUAUUUCUGAAAGAACUCUUUGCAACCACACAGCUCACCAUCUCUGCUACAAAUCUGCAUCUAAAUGAAUUGAACUCAGGUCUGUAUGUCGAUUGAUCUUUUAACCAU